AUGGCCGCCGCCCGCGCCCAGCAGAUCUCCGGCCACCUCAACUACCCCAAGGGUUUGUUGCACGGCCAGGUCGCCAUCAUCACCGGCUCCGGUCAGGGCAUUGGCGCCGAAUGCGCGCGACUCUUCGCCAACGAGGGCGCCAAGGUCGUCGUCUCGGACAUCGACGGCAAGAAGGCUGAGGCGGUCGCCGCCGAGAUCAACAAGAAUGGCGGUCAGGCCAUCUCCGUCGCGGGCGACAUGCUCAACGACCAAUACCUCGUCGAGCUGGUGAAGAAGACGGCCGAGUUCGGCAACGGCAAGAUCCACAUCAUCGUCAACAACGCCGGAUACACCUGGGACGGCGUCAUCCACAAGACCACCGACAAACAGUGGGACACCAUCCUCGCCCUCCACGCCACCGCCCCCUUCAAACUCAUCCGCAACGCCGCGCCCUACUUCCGCGUGAAGGACGGCGAACCGCGGAGCAUCGUGAACAUCUCCUCGACCUCGGGCGUGCACGGCAACGCCGGACAGGCGAACUACGCGCUGGCCAAAGCCGGCGUGACCGGCCUCACCAAGACGAUCGCGAAGGAGUGGGGCCCGGCGUUCGGCGUGCGCGCCAACACCGUCGCCUUCGGCCACAUCGCGACGCGCCUGACCGCGGCCAAGGAGGAGGGCGCCUUCAUCACCACCCCGGACGGCGAGAAGGUCGCGUUGGGCAUCCCUGGCGCCCAGAAGGCCGUCAAGGAGGCCGGCGCCGCCGCGUACAAGGACAUCCCGCUGGGCCGGCCCGGCACCGCCACCGAGGCCGCGGGCGCCGUCCUCGCGGCCGUGAGCCCGCUGUUCGCGUACAUCACCGGCCAGACGAUCAUGGUGACCGGCGGACGGAACAUGUAG